AGUUUCACCAGCUGCACGUUGGUUUCACUUCGUGCCGGGCAUGGCUCACGUUCCAGCGGGUCUCUCGUUCGCCGACGUCCACCUAGAGCAGUAAAACGGGGCGGAACAGCGAAGUGCCGUAAAACCUUUUUUUUUUUUUCUCAUUUUUUGGACAGGAUGAACAACAGUUUCACGAGCAGUUUCUCGAGCAGUUUCACGAGCAUGGCGUCGAUAGGCGACUUUGACCCGCUCAACGCGUCGAUUCCUGCGACCAAAGUUGAAAUCACAGUGUCAUGCAGAAACCUGCUGGACAGAGACACGUUCUCCAAAUCGGACCCAAUUUGCGUCCUCUACACACAAGGCAUGGGCAACAAGGAAUGGAGAGAGUUUGGGAGAACCGAGGUGAUUGACAACACGCUGAAUCCAGACUUUGUGCGGAAAUUCAUUUUGGACUACUUCUUUGAAGAGCGGCAGAACCUUCGAUUUGACUUGUACGACGUCGACUCCAAGAGUGCGAACCUCUCCAAACACGACUUUCUGGGCCAGGCCUACUGUACAUUGGGCGAGGCGGUCGGGUCUUUGGGCAGCCGCUUAGAAAAGCCUCUCGGCGGCAUUUCCGGCAAAAAAUGCGGCACUAUCAUCGUGAAAGCCGAGGAGCUGAACAAUUGCAGGGAGUCGGUUAUGAUGCAGUUUUGCGGCAACAAGUUGGACAAGAAGGAUUUUUUCGGCAAGUCGGACCCCUUCCUGGUCUUCUACAGGAGCAACGAGGACAGCACGUUCACCAUUUGCCACAAAACAGAAGUGGUGAAGAACACAUUGAACCCUGUGUGGCAGGCUUUUAAAAUCCCCGUUCGCGCCCUUUGCAACGGGGACUAUGACAGAACAAUCAAGGUUGAGGUGUACGACUGGGACAGAGACGGCAGUCAUGAUUUUAUUGGAGAGUUCAGCACCAGCUACAGAGAAUUAUCCAGAGGGCAGAGCCAAUUCAACGUCUACGAGGUGGUAAAUCAAAAGAAGAAAGAUAAAAAGAAAAAAUACCUCAACUCUGGAACGGUAACGCUGUUGUCAUUCCUCGUGGACAUCGAUGUCACCUUCCUGGACUACAUUAAGGGAGGGACGCAGAUUAACUUCACCGUGGCCAUUGACUUCACAGCUUCCAACGGUAACCCCGCCCAGCCCACCUCACUCCACUACAUGAGCCCCUACCAGCUCAACGCCUACGCCAUGGCCCUUAAGGCGGUCGGCGAGAUCAUUCAGGACUACGACAGCGACAAGAUGUUCCCCGCGCUCGGUUUUGGUGCCAAGCUGCCGCCUGAUGGGCGGAUCUCCCACGAGUUUGCUUUGAACGGGAACCCGCAGAACCCGUAUUGUGCGGGAAUAGAUGGCGUGAUGGAAGCCUACUACCAGAGCCUGAAGUCAGUGCAACUGUACGGACCCACCAACUUUUCCCCUGUGGUGAACCAUGUAGCCAGGUAUGCGGCAUCCGUGAAGGAUGGGUCGCAGUACUUUGUUCUUCUCAUCAUCACGGACGGCGUCAUCUCAGACAUGGCCCAGACCAAGGAGUCUAUCAUUAAUGCUUCCUGCCUGCCCAUGUCCAUCAUCAUCGUGGGGGUUGGACCUGCCGAAUUUGACGCCAUGAUUGAAUUAGAUGGCGACGAGGUCCGAAUUUCAUCCCGAGGGAGAUAUGCAGAGAGAGACAUUGUCCAGUUUGUCCCAUUCCGAGACUACAUCGACCGGACGGGGAAUCACAUCCUGAGCAUGGCCCGCCUCGCCAAAGACGUCUUGGCCGAGAUUCCCGACCAGUUCCUCUCCUACAUGAGGACCCGCGGGAUCAAGCCGGCGCCCGCCCCGCCUCCCUACACGCCUCCGGGACAGCCCCUCCAAACACAAAUAUGAAGACAAAGCUUUUUUUCUUUUUUUUUUUUUGAAUUUUCCAGAGUCCAUUUUUGAAGCCGCUCUCCAUGCUCGUGUGACGUGGAUCCCUGUGCUCGUUCUUCGUGUUCUGGAACAGCUGCAUGCAGAGCCAGGAGAGCGGACUGGGCUGAAGAAACCCAAUCUGUUUACUUCCACUGUCGAGCAUUCCAAUCACUGCCUGGAAUCUUUUAUCCUGGGGGAAAAAAAAGCUGGAUGUUGACAAGCAAAGAAGCAGCAGCAGGUUUCUUUUGAAUUUAAAAGAAAAAAAAAAAAGGAAUGUCCCCAGAUACAAAAAAAACUGCACACUAAUUUCAGCUGUAAAUAACUAACCUCUUUGUCUCUUUUGGCCGGCAAACUAACCCACUGUUUACAGUAAGAAUUUUUACUGUUCAUACUUUUAUAUUUUUCAAUAUCAAGCUUGUGAUACUCUCUCUCUCUCUCUCUCUUUCUUGACAUGUGCGUCAGGUAGCAGCAGUGCAGGUCCUGGUAGCCCUUCUGUACCGUACCGUACCGUGCUGUACUGUACUCUACUGUACCCCUGGUGUUUAUGAACCCUUUUGCAUGAGUGUAGCCCGGACCACGUGCAUGCAUAUAGCGGCCCUGCACUACCUCUUCCAACCAUGCGUCUGUCUCGAGGUGGGUUGAGUGUGAGCGAACGUGUGCGUGCUGCGAUGCAGAGGUGUCCCCGUCGCCUCUCUGUCUGCGUCGGUCUUCCUUGGAAAGUGUCCCCGCUCUCCGUUGCGUUUCUGUCCAUUUGUGACACGUACCGUCGUGUUUAGUUUGCCUUUUUAAAGCCCAUUCACUGCCAGCCCAGUAAAAAUGAAUCUUUGACGUCUGUGACCGUCAAUGGCAGGGAAUGAGUUCAAGACGACGAUACCUCUUUAGUUAAGGCCACAGUUGACGUAUUGGAUUUGUUAUGAGGAAUAUGUACUAAUAAUUAAGUAAAAUGUAUGACCGGGUCUACCCCGUAAAUGCCAUAAGAAUUUUACAAAGUUGCCUAUUUCCAAGUAAAAAAAAAAAAAAAAAAGAAGUUGUAAUGGUGCAAUUACAAAUUCAGAUUCUUAAUCCAAAUUGUCAUGAGAAUAAAGUGUUUUUUUCUGAGAAAAAAGACAAUAUUUACAAAAACAAGAACAUAGUCUGUAUCUUCUCGCUACGUUUUUUUUCUGUGUUUUUCUGCCUUUCAAAAGUAACUCGUUGCGGCUUGUUAACCAAUGGAAAAAUUGUUUU